AUGUCGAUAUUAACAAGCUCGAGGACUGUCGCUUUCUUUCCCGAGGAGAAGCCAGUCGGCCCUGGGACACCCGCCCGAGACCAGAGGAUAACUGGGGAAGGUGGAACACUCUCCCGGCCCGGCUGGCGGCCCCGGCUCACCGCCCCCGCAGACCCUCCCCGACGGCCCCGGCCGCGCCCCCCGACCCCGCGCUCCCCGGGCCGGGCCGAGCAGGGCGGGGGGCCCGCGGCACCACUGCCUGUGUACAGCAGCUCGGGUCCCGCGGCACCACUGCCUGUGUACAGCAGCUCGGGGCCCGCGGCACCACUGCCUGUGUACAGCAGCUCGGGGCCCGCGGCACCCCUGCCUGUGUACAGCAGCUCGGGGCCCGCGGCACCACUGCCUGUGUACAGCAGCUCGGGGCCCGCGGCACCACUGCCUGUGUACAGCAGCUCGGGGCCCGCGGCACCACUGCCUGUGUACAGCAGCUCGGGGCCCGCCGCACCCCUGCCUGUGUACAGCAGCUCGGGGCCCGCCGCACCACUGCCUGUGUACAGCAGCGCAGGGCCCGCACCCGGGAGCUGCCCCGGAGAGCCCCGGACGGACGGGGCCGGGGAUAAGGAGAGAUCCGAGCCGAGCCCACCCCUCUGCCCCGCCGCCGCGCACCCCCGAGAAAAGAGGUCGGCGGAGGCCACCACUCACCCCGGCCUGCACACGCCCGGCUCGCUGCCAGCCCUGCCUGCCCUGCCCGCCGCUCCCGCCGCCGCCGUCGCCUCUGCCCCAGUUCCCAGCGCGUCCGGAAGCCGCGCGGGGCGGGGCGAGGCGGGGGUGGGAGCAGAGAGCGGCCUGACCGCCCCCUGCGCGCCGGGGGCCCUGGGGAGGGGGCGAAGUUUGCUGCAAGGAGAAAGACUAGGCAGUUCUCCUCUGGAAGAGGAUCCCAGGAAGCUGGGAUCUUGCCAUUGUACAUUUCUGCAUCUCCAGCCGACCACAGGGCAGGAACAGGGGGAUCUAUAUGUGCUCAAAAUGAGUCAUAUUAAAUGACUAUUGGUGAAUUGCAACUAACCAAGCAACGUUUCUGUCCUUAAACAAGAAUUACAUUGUCCAAAAGAGACUGAAAAUUGCCAUAAAACAGCAACUAAGAAAGCUUUAGAUGAGAAACUUCUGAGGAGCAUUCAGUAGUUUGAGAGGGAGAUUAAUCAGUGGAACCAUAGUCUGCCAUCUGUGACAUGUGGAAAGCAGCUCAGCAUGGCCACUAGGGAGUUUUUAGGAAUGGAGAAGCUGAUUGUUUGUGUGCACAAAAGGCCAAAUGCUCUCUGUAGACUGAUUUGUUUUCCAUGGGCUGGAGGUGGUACUUCUCCACUUGCUCAGUGGGGCAAACUAUUAAGCAACUCAAUUGAAGUGUUCUGCGUAAGGUAUCCUGGAAGAGAAACUCGCCUUAAUGAGCCUUUUGCUAAAGACAUGACAAGCAUGGUUAACGAGGUUACAAGUGUUUUGGUAAAAGAAUUGCAAGAGAAACCAUUUGCAUUCUUUGGUCACAGUUUUGGAUCUUACCUGAGUUUUGCAGUUGCACUACAUUUGAAAGAAAAGUAUGGACUAGAGCCAGUCCAUCUUUUUGUAUCAGGGGCACAUGCCCCAAAUUCUGAAGCAAUUCUUCCAAUCAAAACCAUUUCUGUAUCUGAUGCCAAAGAUGAAGAAGUUAUUGAGUAUCUACAAACGGUAGGAGGAACUCCUUCUGAGCUUCUGCAUAAUGAGGACAUUAGGAAACAUCUGCUGCUUACUUUUAAAGGAGACUUUAAAGUGCUUCAGACAUUUUCUUUUGAGAAGCCAGAAAUGGAUAUCCCCUUCUCUUGUGAUAUUACCUGCUUUAAUGGGGGUGAUGAUAAACCAUAUGAUUUACAAGGUUGGCAAGAAUUAACAAGUGGAGAUACAUCCUUUUAUGAGCUUCCUGGAGGUCACUUUUAUCUGCUGGAACCCUCUAAUGAAAUUUUCUUGACAAAACACAUAACAAGAUGCAUAGAAAAUGCUGGUCUAUGAGUAUUUCCCUCAAUUUUAAUAGCACAAGGUGUAAUAUUAGUCCACAGCACUUCAUAAUAAGUCAUUAUUUCUGUACAUUGCAUGCAGUUAUGCCUAAGGGUUGUUCUAUUUGUCCUUUGUAAUUCUUUAAAAGGGGUUUUUCUGAAAAUAU